AUGUGGGUAGGAAAUCUAAAACAGGUGAUGAGUGCUGGAUGGGUGAGUGCUGGAUGGGGAUGGGUAAGUGCUGGAUGGGUGAGUGCUGGAUGGAUGAGUGCUGGUUGGAUGAGUGUUGCUGGAUGGAUGACUGCUGGAUGGGUGAGUGCUGGAUGGAUGAGUGCUGGAUGGAUGAUUGCUGGAUGGGUGAGUGCUGGAGGAUGGGUGAGUGCUGGAGGAUGGGUGAGUGCUGGAUGGGUGAGUGCUGGAUGGAUGAGUGCUGGAUGGAUGAUUGCUGGAUGGGUGAGUGCUGGAGGAUGGGUGAGUGCUGGAGGAUGGGUGAGUGCUGGAGGAUGGGUGAGUGCUGGAUGGAUGAGUGCUGGAUGGGUGAGUGCUGGAUGGGUGAGUGCUGGAUGGGUGAGUGCUGGAUGGGUGAGUGCUGAAUGGAUGAGUGCUGGAUGGGUGAUUGCUGGAUGGAUGAGUGAUGGAUGGGUGAGUGCUGGAUGGAUGAGUGAUGGAUGA